AUGGACCUCUCGUCAACCGUAAGCAUGACGGAACAAGUCUCGCUGCAAUGUGCGGAUGAAGCCUCUCUCCAAACCGUCGAGCUACCCACACGGCUCGGCCCGUUGGACCAGCGCUAUCUACUUGGUAUUCCGCUUGCUGUUGUCUUCGUGUACCGCUCGACCAACUCCGCAGUCGAAGAACUGAUCCCAAUCGACAGACUUCGUCGUGCCCUGGAGCGAUUACUUGACUUCUACCCGCAUCUAACAGGGCGCAUUCUCGUCGACCCUGUGGAUAAAGCGCCGCGUAUCGAACAGCUAGGAGCCGGCGCCAAGCUGGUCUCCGCACAAUGCAGCGAACCGCUUACGUCGUUCGAGACUGUAAAAGAUGAUGGCCAAUCUGAAUCUUCCCCUCAGCUUAUCGUCACGAACUUGCCAGAUGGAGGCAACGCAUUGCUGCCAGAAUUCGACGCGACAGAAGCCGGUGCGGGUCGUGAUGCGAUCUUAACGGUACAGCACACUCGCUUUGCGUGUGGCAGUGUGUCAGUUGCUCUGCGACUUCGACACAUCAUUUGCGACGCUUCUGGUAUUCAGUCGCUCUUUUCGGAUCUACAGCUGUCAACCGAAGAAAGACUGGAAGCCCUCGCAGUGAGCCCAACGCUCUUUGAGCUCGCACCGGAGGCCCCAGACGUACCAGAUAAUAUUGCGACACCGGAGCGCGUCAUCGGCCGCGUCCUCCGGUUUUCAUCGACCGAGCUCGCACGUAUCAAGGCCGCCGCCAAUGCUGAUAAAGAAAAUCCGGUAUCAACUUUCUGUGCGCUGGCGGCGCACUUGUGGCAGAGCAUCUACCGUGCUCGCACACGACAAUGCAGAGCUCAAUGUUUGAGCUCACACGAAGCCGCACUUCAAGUGCCGCGUCAAUCCCUGGCGUCUCUUGACUUACGCAGUCGGAGUCAACUGAACAUAUCGCCGCGGUAUUUCCCGAACUGUGUCUUGUGUCCCGUUUUCUCGCUGUCUGCUGCUGAGUUGCUGGACGCUCCGUUGUCCACUAUCGCUGCUGCAGUUCACAAGGGUGUGCAGCGUCUGGACCCAGCAGAGGUGCAACGGAAUUUGCGCUGGCUGGCUGCACAGCCGGACAAGGACCGAGUACGACUUCGCUAUCAAGGUGGCGUGAUGGUGAGCCAAUGGAACAAGUUUGAGAUGUACAGAGGCUCCGAACUUGACGUCCCACCUGCACUUGUAGCUCAACCAUUCACACCCAUUUCACUUAUAGAUGGCCUCAUCUACUUUAUGGCCACUGAAGACCAGCUGAACCAGUCGAACACGACCAUCUCAGACAGUAUCGACGUUAGUAUGGCUCUCAAUGAAUCCGUUUGGGCCGAGUGGUGA